AUGCAGCGCAAUGAGCUUCAGAGGCAUGCUGCCUUGAGUCAAGCAAGGCAUUCGCGGCAGAACGAGCAAAAGAUUGCGCCCUCCAGCAACGGCCAGGACUCAAGACUGGUGAAGUCAAAGGAGCACCGGACAGCAUUACGUUGGAUGCCUUCGACUUGCGCCUCAGUGGACUCUCCUAGGCUAAUCCGUCGCCGUGAGCCUCAACCGAUAGGAGUCAGAGACAACCCCCCACUAAUAGCAGAGGCGCGAACGCCGCCGGAUCGGCACCACUAUCACCCGCUCCCGACGCAUGAGAUCCGCCAGUGGCCCAGACGAAACCGCCCAGUGGCCGCCAUCCCGCUGGCCCCCUGUCACAACUAUCGGCAUCGAGGUGGCCUCAACCUCAGCUUCAAUCGAUGCAAGGACUCAAUCAUGGACGCCAACGUCCGAGACCCGAGCAAACGUCUCAUCGGGGUACUUCGUCACUCAAUGACCUCAUACUGUCUGGCACCGAGGAGCCUCUCCAAACCAUACUCGGCCAGGCAUGCGGCUAAACAUGGUAUCGUAUGCAAGGUUUCCUCAGCCUUCACAGUAUCUACGGCCGUGGAUGGAUGUGGCAUGAGUGAAGACGCUGGCAUGCACAACGUUAUGCCGGUCCCAUUAAUUGCGGAAUGGCGUCAGUACACUAUAUCAUCUCUUGGGUCUCCCAAGGUCCCCAAAGUCGAGUUGAUGAAGACUUCACAAUACCGAAUCAAGGUCGAGAAUUGCACGGCUACGAAGGAGUACAUAUCCCCUUCGCCCAAAGCCGCCUGUCGAGGAGAGAACAGCACAGUUAAACGCGAGGCUGAGACGCAGCAUCUGUGGCCAAUUGACCUGAGCCCGGUCAGGACGGACCCUGGUGGGCAGCCGAAGUACGGCUUCUGGUGA